ACCGGAGGCUGGAAAGCAUCUCCAUUUAUCAUAGGUCUUCAAAAGUUCUCUACUUUUCGCAUCGAGAUUGCAGAGAAGUCAUUCAAUUGACAUUAAAAUAUGGGAGAGGUUUUUCUUUUCUUGAUUUCUGCUUUGUUCUGUUUUGUAGUAAAUGAGGUGGGCGGAGAGGUUGGCGUUUUUUGCAAUUGCGGUGAACAUGGUGGCGUACUUGGUCUUUGUAAUGCAUGAAUCGCUUCCGACGGCGGCUCCCCACGUCACUAAUUGGAUCGGAGCCGCCUAUGUUCUUACUCUCCUCGGCGCAUUUUUGGCCGAUGCUUACUUCGGCCGAUUCAUGACCAUCAUCGUUUUCUCUUGCAUUUACGCGGUGCCUCCAUCCGCCGCCAUGCACGGCCAAGCCUUGCAUAAGAGCAACCGACCGCCAAACCAAUUUCCUCUACUUUGCACUGGCGUUUAUAGCCCUUGGAACUGGCGGAAUCAAGCCGUGCGUCUCCUCAGUCUCCGCGGAUCAAUUCGACGAAGACGAUCCCAAAGAAGUCCCGAAGAAGUCCGCAUUCUUAAACUGGGCUUCGAGUUCCUGCCAGUAUCAUGGUUCUCUCUGUCAUCAGCUUGGCUACCGGAGCACCUUUCUACCGGUACCGGAAGUCCUUUUACCAGGUUUUUUCAGGUCAUUGUGGCAGCAGAGAGGAACCAUUUCAGAGGAGUUGAAGUCAGAAAUGAGGCUGAUCUUUAUAAGGGUGACACGACCGAGUCAGAUAUUUCUGGGGCUCGAAAAAUUGCUCAUACCAAUCAGUACAAAUUCUUGGAUAAAGCAGCAGUGAGAACAGAAUCAGCAGAUCUAGAAACAAACAUGAAAAAUCGAUGGAGAACCUGCACAGUAACUCAAGUUGAAGAAUUCAAAUGCUUCUUGAGAAUUCUCCUCGACGAUUGCCCUCUCAAUCUCAUUCGCCCAACUCUCCACCUUCUACGUCGGCCAAGCCACCAUCAUGGACCGAAAGCUCGGCCCCAAUUUCACAAUUCCGGCAGGCUCUGUUCCCGUUUUCAGCGCCGUUAACGCCCUCAUCCUCGUUCCCAUCUACGAACAAUUUCUGGUUCCAGUCCUCCGAAACAGAACCGGCCAUCGCGGCGGAACCCCGUCAUUACAACGAAUUGGUGUUGGCUUUCUUCUAUUACAAUGCAACUUCUUACGCUACUUGCAAAUUAAAGUAUAUUUAUUCAU